AUGCACAGAGAGGAGGCGCCACCGCCGCCGCCAUGGCAGCCGGGCUCUGGGCCUGGACCGGGUCCGGGUCCGGGGGUGGGGGUGGCACCGGCGCCGCCCCUGGGGCCAGCGCACGGCAGCCCCUUAACGCCGCCCUCGGGCACCCGUCUCCAACUGCACGUCGACGCCAGCCCUUCCAGGCUCUCACUGCAGUCCGGCAGCUUCCAGUGCAGCCUGGGUUCCUCCACGGGCGACCUCAGCGUGGAGGCGGCGCAGCUGGAGCGAGCCAUUCGCAACAACGACACGGUGCGCGUCAAGCGGUUCCUCGAGCUGCACCACGACAAGUUCCAGGUCAACCUGCACAGUAGUUUUUUAGAUAAAUCUUCCUGCGAAUCGCAAAGCCAAGACGUCGAAAUCCUGCUCAGAAAAUCGAAAACGUUAAUUGAUCGACUAAGUCCUGCUGAAGCUCCUACUACUGACACAUCGUCGUCUCCGCUGCAGCCGGCGUCGUCGUGCGCGUCGUCGGCGUCGUCCGCGGGCGUGGCGGAGCCGACGGUGCCGCUCAUCUUCAGCAACGCGCUGCACGUGGCGGUGGAGCACGGCGCCGUCGACGUGGCGCGCCUGCUGCUCAAGUACGGCCUCGAGCCCAACCAGGGGGGCCGGCUGCCCGGGCCGCCCGCCUCCAGCUUCUUCCGCCCCUCGUCGCCGCUGACGCUGGCGCCGCCCCCGCUGUCCGGCCAGAGGCGCGGCACGCCGUGGGCGGGCUCCCCAGCGUCGCUGUCGCCGCCGCACUACCAGCUGCCCGCCAUCACCACCAGCCCCGCUGACCCUCCCGCCGCUCUCGCCGUCACCUCGCCCACGGCCGCCGGUGCCCGCCGCCGCCGCCUGGGAAGCACCGUGGGCCCCCCGCCUCCACCCGGCCCGACGCCACGGCAGCGCUCGCUGUCGCUGGAGAGCCAAGGCGCUGACUCUCUGCUGCGGCCGGGGGCGGCAGUGGCAGUGGGGGCGGCGGCGGGGGCAGGCGCCGCGACGCCGGACACGGGCCGGCGCAGCGUGUCGCUCAAGUCCAGCCCGCUCAUGUCGCCGCGGCCUCCUCCUCCCCCUCAACAGCAGCAGCAGACUCCACAGCAGGCGCAGCCGGAGCGCAGCAUCUUCGCGGAGCUGCGCCGCAGUAGCGAGAUCUUCAAGAGCAUCCUGCUCAACCUGUCCACGAGGGAGGCGGCGGCGGCGGCAGCGGGCGUGGCGGCCGGGACGCCCGCGGACACCGUCGACCUAGCCGGUCUGCUGGCGGCGCACGAACAACGCCGGUUGACCACGUACCAGCGUGAGGACUCCAGCUCAACGAGUUCUCCCACCUCGAGCUCGACGUCGGCGUCUUCCUCGCAGUCGACGUCAGCGUCGUCGUCGCCCUGCCCGUCGUCCUGCUCACUGAGCGCUGCCUCCUCGUCCGGCAACGGGCUCGCUUCCGAUGCAGGCGACGUCCCGUUGCUUGUCGUCAACCCAGCGCUGCCACCCGAAAAGGUGGUGGGUCUCGCGCAUCACUACACCAAACACUACCUGUACACGCUGCCGGCGCUCUUCCUGGCUGUCGUCAAGGGCAACGCCACGCUCGUCUACCUGCUGCUCAAGUACGGCGCCGCAGUCAACUUCCAGGAUGGACAAGGGAACACGCCUCUGCACCUGGCUGUAGCACAGCAGACAGUGCCGUGGGAGUGCGUUCUGGACCUGGUGGAGAGGGGCGCGCAGGUGGCGCUGCGCAACAAGGCGGGCGUGAGGCCCGUGGAGCUGGCGCCCGGGGACGUGCUGGCCCGGCUGCAGGACCAGAUGCUGGCCGACUGCUGGGCCGGCCUGGCGCCCAGCUCGCCAGCUGCGCAGCAGACCACCCAGCAGGCGCAGCAGGCGGCCAGCGCGCAGCAGCAGGGCGCGCAGCAAAACACCCAGCAGGCGCAGAGCAGCAGUCUCAGUUGCGUGUCGUGCGCGGCGCAGGUGCCGGCGACGCCUGCGGGCGCCGAGUCGCCCGGCAGCGGCGCCGCCAACUCGGGCCCGUCGUCGCGCAACCCGGCGCGCAUCCUGCGCAAGCUGCGCACGGCGAGCGGCGGCGGCGGCGGCGGCGGCGGCGCGGCCAGGGCAGAGUCCACCGAGGAGGCCAGCUCCGCCUCCGUCGAGAUGCUGGCGCUCUCCUCUACCGGCUCCGUGCGCAGCCGCAACAACAGCUGCCGCAGCCUCGAAGUCACCCAGCAACAGCAGCAGCAGCCGGGCCAACCCGCCGGCAGCAACAACAACAGCAAGGAGACCACGGAGGCUCUGACUAAACAAGACUCGAGACGUCGCGCGAGGAGGAAAGCGUGGCGCGAAGCCAGACAGGCACACGUCUCGCAAAACACGGAGAAGUCGCGGUGCUUAGAGGCAGAACGCAGCUUCCAGGUGCUGCUGCACAUGGCGACCAACCCAGAGUGCCUGGGCGGCGUGCUGCGGGGUUUGUUAGUGCAUCACAACAACCUGCUGCGCCUACUGCAGCUGCUCAACCACAGCGCGCUGCACCGCAGCAUGGCAGCGCUGCUGCACGCUGUCCUCAAGACCGCUGUGGAGACGUACGGGGAGCGCUCGGCGGCAGCGACGCCUCCUGCUGUGACGUCACCGGAGAGCGCGCAGCAGCAGGUGGCGGAGGCGACGCAGCAGCUGAGCGGCGCGCUGUGCCUGCUGCUGCGCGUCUGCCUCAGCCUCAUCCACGGCGUGCACGACCUGCAGUACACCGCCAUGGUCACCAUCAACAAGGCCAUCGACGUCUGCGUCGUGCACCGCCUGGCGCACGUCAAGGUGCGCUCCGCGCGCGUCCUCCAGCACCCCUGCAAGCCGGCUAGCGCGGAGCCUGCGGCGCCCUCGUCCGGCACGGCGGGAGACAACACUGCCGCGACGUCGGCGGUCGGCCGGCAGUCGGCGUCCAGCACGGGUACGGCGGAGCCAUCUAGUGGCGACCGCACGAGGCGCCGGCUCGGCGCGAAACGACUGGGUUCCGUGUGGCGGCACUCGUCCACCGCGGAGCCGACAGAGCGCGCGCGUAGCGAGGCCGACGCCGUCGACAAGGAGGAGAGCGUCAUAGACGUGCUGUCGAGCGUGCACGCGCUGUCGGUGCUGAACAUCCUGCACAACGCGCUGACGCUGUACAAGCGCGUGGUGGGCAGCAAGCAGCAGUGCUCUCCCAGCCAGAGGUGGCGGCACUGCAGCUACCACUGCCUGCAGAUCCUGGCGGCGCGCGCGCUGCUCUUCAUGGUGGAGGGGCCCUCGGUGCAGGCGCAGCUGGCGCAGGAGCCGCAGCUGCGUAUCCUCGCCGCAGCGCUCGACUCCACGCACGAUCCGCAACUGCUGGUGCUGGUGCUGCAAAUCGUGGCGACGCUGGCGCUGGAGCCGGCGCACCACCGCGCGCUGCUGGACCAGGGGCUGCCCGACGUGCUGAGCCAGCUGCUGCUGCCGUCGGACGAGUGGUACUACACCAACCACAGCACGCGCUACGCCAAGUACGUCAAGCACCACGCGGCGCGCGCGCUCGUCUACCUGGGCCUGCAGCACCGAGUCAACCUGCGCUUCAGCGUCUACGACAUCCUGCAAGACGACCUGCCGCCGCCGACGCCGCUCACGGAGUCGGUGGAGGACGCGUACAUCACGGCGACGUCGGCGCCCCCGGCCAUCGUGCACUGCCCGCGGACCAACAACGUACUGGGCCUGUCCGUCGAGGGCGCCGUCAUGCACGUACUCCGCACUCUAGAGACAUCACUCAGCCAAGGCACGACGUCAUCAUCGGACUGGGCGACACCGCACUGGGCUCUCAGCGGCAGCAGCUACUCGCAGACUCCGCAGAAGGUAGCCAUAGUGAGACAGCUGUGCAAGCUGAGGCAUGCUGCAGUUUGGACAAGCUCAUUGCUGCGUACACUGCUGAUGCAGAUGCUGAGAAAGCAGUAUGAGAUACCUGUGUGCAUCAAGGCUUGUUGCACAAAACAGAAGCUCGCUGUUGCACGGGCUACUAAUGCUGCUGCUGAUUGCAUGCCGUGCGUGCUGUCGCCGGUGGUGCUGCUGCGGCUGCUGCUGCACCGGCUGCUCACCACGGCGGCGCCGCACCUGGCGCGCUGGCGCAGCUGCGCCUCCAGGUCGUCCUUCGCCUCCGCCGGACACGCCGAGGGCCCGCGCACGCCGCGUAGCAGGGCUUCCUCCACCGACACCGAGCCCAGCUCCCUGCGCAAGAGGAGGAAGGUGAACCUGACCGUGGACUGCACGACUGGGCUGGAGGGCGGCGCCGAAGACGCGGCGGUGAGCACCAGCCGGUCCCGCGGGCUGCACCGGCCGUCGUUCACCCAGCAGGGAUCCAGCCUGCCCGUGCACCAGCCUCUGGAGCGCGCCUCUUCGCUGGUGCCCGCGCCCAGGGACAGCCUGGGGCUCGAGCCCGCCAUGCAGGCGACGCUGUUCGCGUUCUCGCACAUGCUGCGGCACGCGCCGAGCCGCGACUCGCUGCAGAGCAGCAGCGACGGCCGGGGCUCGGCGCCCGGCUCGCCGUCGCUGGUGGUGGUGCCGGUGCCGCAGCAGCUGCCGCUCGGCCUCAGCCUGGGGCUGGGCGCCCACAAGCCGCGCCGCGCCUCCUUCCGCUUCUCCAGCCUCCACAAGCGCCGCUCCAAGUCGCAGGCCAACAUCGCCGCCGUCGUACACAAAGUCGAUGUAGGGUCGCACCGACGCGGCGACACGCCAGAGCAGGAGAUCCUGGCGUUCCAGAAGCAGCUGCAGAACCUGCCCGACUUCGACUCUCCGGACCACCCGGACCCGGUGGCGGCGGCGGCCGAGUUCCUCGCCGGCCGGCCGCACCUCCGGCCGCGCUCGCGCUCCAUGCCGCGCGUCUCCUACGAGAACUCGUCGUCGCGCUACCUCACGCUGCCCGACGCGUGGACGCCGUGGCCCGGCGGCGGGGGCGGCGGGGGCGGCCGCCUGCACAGGGGCCGGUCUGCGGGGGCGCUGCCCGGCGCGGGCGACCACAGCCCGGCCGCCGCCACCACGCCCGUCGAGGAGCGCGCCGCCGUGGGGCUGGCUCCGGUGGCCGUGUCGGGGGCCGGCUCGGGGGCGGCGCCUGGCGCGGGGACGGCGGCGGGGGGCGGCGGGGGCGGCGACCGCGGCGGCUCCGGCAGCCGGCGGUCCAGCCUCAGCCCCUCGGACCGGUCCGGCCGCCGCCGCGACAGCCCCGCCUGCAUCCUGGUGGAGGUGCCUCCCUGGCACAGGGCCAUCCUCAACUUUCUUGAGGAGUGGCUGCGCGUGUCGCGGGUGGAGCUGGACCGCAACCCGCCGCUGUGCCGCGAGCUGCGAGACUUCCUCACCAAGGUGUCCGGCUGCGGGCCGCCCUAUCAGCAGUGGUGCGCCGAGCUGCGCCAGGAGCACCCCGCCCUCGCCCGUGACCCCGACCUCGACAGUGCGGAUGACUUGGAGGAGACCGACCGAGAAUACUGCCAGCUGCUGCAGCUGGUGGUGGGCGGUGCGCUGCCAUGCAGCAAGGAGGAGGCGGCGGCGCUGGCCGGCAUCCAGCUGCGCAUCGAGGAGUCGUGGGGGCGGCCGCACCCGCUGCCCGCCUCGCCAGACGACUCCGCCACGCUCAGGCCCAUCUCGGAGGGGCAGGAGAGCCUGCUGCUGCACGUGCCCAGCUUCAGCGUAGCGCGGCCCGUCAGCCCCCUGACCGAGGAGGCGGAGGACGGAGGCGGGGGCGGCACCACCAGUGCCGGCGGCGACAGCGACUCGGGGGCGGACGGCCCCGGCGGCGGCAGCGGCGGAGUCGUCACCUGCGGCUCCUGGCGCCGGGGGCAGAGCGCUGCCACGUCGGGGGCGGGCGGGGGCGGCGGCACGGUGUUGCGCUUCUCGCCGGGCCGCAACUCGAGCCUGCUGCGCAAGUGCUACCCCUCGUCUUCUGUGCAGCCGCCGUUCCUGCCCGCCGGCCGCCUCGAGGACUGCCUGCCGCCGUGCUACCACGCCAACAAGAACAUGGCCAAGCUCAUCAAGGAGCAGAAGCGCAAACUCUUCCACACUUCGGUGUACGAGUCGGAGGUGCAGCUGAAGAAGCUCUACAUCCAGACGUGUCGACGGCUUCCUGCGCACGGCUGCAAGGUCUACCAGGUCAAGGAGCUGCUGCGGGGGAAGACCAAAAAGAAGGCGGCUAGACUCUUGGGCCUGGGACCCGAGAAGAUCGUCCUGCUGGACAACAAGACCCGCAUCCUCGCCAAGUCGCAGAACACUGCGGAUCUUCUCCAGUGGCGAACGGGCGGCGGCCGCUCCCAUGACCGACUGCAACUGGAGUUCCGGGCUACGCGCUGGUCGCUGGUUGUGCCCGCUGUGGCCGCCAUGCGCCAAGUGGGGCUGGCCCUCUGGGAGCUCCUCCAGGAGCUCGACUCCCACUUUCUGGAGGAGUACGCCGUCCAGCGACGAGUCGGACGCCAAGAGCUGGUGAAGCGGUCGCUGCUGACCCUGCAGGUGGUGGCGGCCGAGGAGCUCGAGGCGCUGCACCGCCUGCUGCACGUGCCCGAGGAGGUGGCGCUGCGGCUGGCGGACGCCGAGCACCGCCUCUUCUACCAGGUGCCGCCCAUCGACUACCUGCGCCAGGUCACGCUCGACCUGGGCUCGAGCAGCGGCAGCCCCAGCAGCGGCGAGCACCAGCAGCAGGCGGGACCGGGACACGGCGCGCAGAGGCCCUCCGUGCGCAGCCUCAUCAAGCGCUUCAACGAGGUGAGCUCGUGGGUCACGCACCUAAUCAUCACGCAACCAACACACGAAGACCGCAAAGCCGUACUAUCAUGCAUCCUGCGCGUCGCGCUAUCCUGCUGGAAUAUCGGCAAUUUCAACGGUGCUAUGGAGAUCGUGGCGGGACUCAAGUCAAACAAGCUGAAACCGUUCUGGCUGUCGAUCACGGAGAAGGAGUCGCUGCCGGUGCUGGACUUCCUGUCGGCGGCGCUGAUGUCGGCCGAGUACGAGCGCGCGCUGGCGCGGGCGCUGGCGAUGUCGGAGUGCCGCGUCGUGCCCUUCUUCGGCGCCUUCCUGCGCGAGCUGCGGGACAUCCUGGCGGGCAGCCCCAGCCUCGUGGUGCUGGCGCCGCCCCCGCACUCGCCCUCGCCGGCGGCGGCGGAGGCGGCGGAGGCGGCGGAGGCGCAGCUCGAGUUCAUCUCUGACUACAAUGGAGAAGACCACUACUUUACGCGAAUCGGUCCAGGAGGUCUCAUCAACUUGGACAAAAUCUACCGCACACAAGCAGUUAUGGACCGAAUUGCCUCAUUCCAUCAACAUUACCAUGCUCGCAACCGUGAAUCAGUGCUGAACUUGCUCAGGGACCACCUCAGCAUUCAUACAUCCAGUAUUGAACGCUCUUAUUUAUUGGAUGAAUCUGAGGACCAUGAUUAUGAUCUUGAUCUCGACACAUACCAGCCAGUCCAGCCUUUAAGCAAUGACCAUGGCGUCAGCUUCUUUCCCAUAUCUGCUCCACACAGCAGAAUUGAUCAUCACGUUUUACAGGUGCUGCACCACGGCAGCACGGCGGUGCACUGGGACGCGGAGGGCGGGUCGCGCACGGCGCUGGUGUACGCGCGCCUGGAGCGCAGCUGCGCCACGCUGACGUGGGGGCGGCCGGCGUGGAGCGCGCUGCGCACGGGCGCGGGCGGCGGCGGCGGGCCCGCCUCCGACUACUGCCUGGGCGCCAACCCCGAGGAGGCGGUCGCGCCCGGCCUGCUGCUCAAGCUGGCGGGCGCCGAGCCCACGCUCGAGGAGGGCUACCUCGACCUCGCCUGCGUCAAGGAGAUCUCUCAGGGCGGCCGCGACCGAGACCGCGACCCCGACCUGCUGACCGCCUGCCGCCGCUACGGCCUCGACAAGUUCGCCACGCGCGACUGCGUGCUCGCGCUCGUCUACGGCGCCAACCUCAGCGACAACCGCGUCCUCUUCCUGCUCUGCCCGCCGACGCUCUGCAAGAUGUGGUACACGGGGCUGUGCUGGGUGGUGCGCGGCCUCAAGCGGCAGAUGCAGCUGACGGACCGGCGCAUGCUCUGGCUCAAGGAGCAGUACCUGCAGCUCUACUUCGACGAGGGCCUCUGCCAGGGACCCAUGACAGCCGACGCCAUUCGGGUGUUCGGAGGCCGGGACUGGGCCAUGACGGGGGCGGUAGCCGGCAUGUCGCCCCCCGACAACGGGACGCUGCGCAGGGGCGCCUCCGCCAAGUUCAAGAAGAAGAAGUCCAUCGGCAACAUACAGACGCUAAAGGACUCCGGUUCGAAGCCGGGCGGCGCUCCGGGGGGCCCGGGUUCGGAGCCGUGCGGGGGCCAGCUGCAGCCGGGGGAGCCGCCGUCGUGGCGCCGGGUGACCACCUCCGUCACGGUGAGCGGGCCCAGCCCCAGCACCGCCACGCCGCGCUCGCACUCCGUCUCCAGCGACUUCGACCUGCACGACUCCACCGACAACCUGGACAAGAUCUCCAGCUGCAGUCCCACGCACCACUACAGCUCCAGCUCCACCGGACUACACAGGGAUCGAGGGAAGUCCACUCUUCCCGAACAGAUUUGGCAGAUGCGACAUUUCAGAGCUGGGUCCAUCACUCACGAAACACAGCUGGACUUCGUUGACUUUGUGGCUCUUUUUCGUUCGUUCAGCUUAAGAGCAAGGAAGGAUUUGCGAGACUUGUUCGAUCAACUGGCUAUAACAUGCAGAAGUAUGUCCGACAGUUCUCUUAAUGAUGGCAGUCUGAAGAGUUCUCCUGAACACCUAAUGAAACCUCCUCAGAAAAUAGGACUGCUCACAAGAAACAGCUCCUUGGAUCUUUACGAGUACCGAAGCUCUGGAACCCUACAAAAGAAGAAAAUCUUCGACGCGAUAGCAACGGCUAGUAUUGUAACCAACUGUGCAGGAAUGGACACCUCGAAAUCACAAGUGAUAACUAUGCAGACGUUUUCAAAAUUUUUAGAAACCCGCCAAAUGGAGCAGAGGACAGAAGACGAAAUAAAAGCGUUAAUACAGAGGCACGAACCAGAUCCUCUGUUGCGAAGUCAGAACUGCUUUUCUUUUGAGGGCUUUGCGAGGUAUAUGAUGGACAAGGACAACUACGCCUUUAUCAGUGAAAGAAUGGGCCCAGAAGAAAGUGAAAUGGACCAACCGUUGUCGCAUUAUUAUAUUGCAUCUUCCCAUAAUACGUACCUCACAGGCCAUCAACUGAAAGGGGAAUCUUCUGUCGAGCUAUAUAGUCAGGUGCUACUAACAGGCUGCAGGUGUGUGGAGCUGGACUGCUGGGAUGGAGAUGACGGCUCGCCGCUCAUUUACCACGGACACACGUUCACCACCAAGAUACCGUUCAGGUCAGUCGUCGAAGCCAUUAACAGGAGUGCCUUUGUCACGUCGCCGUACCCCGUCAUCUUGUCCAUAGAGAACCACUGCUCCGUUCAGCAACAAACUCGGAUGGCACAAAUAUUCCAGAGCGUGUUCGGCGACAAGCUGGUGACCAAGUUCCUAUUCGAGCCGGACUUCACGGACGAGUGCCAGCUGCCGUCGCCGGCGCAGCUGCGCUAUCGCAUCCUCGUCAAGAACAAGAAGCUGACGGCCGACAUCCCCGUGGCGCCGUCUGCGCAGGCGCCGCCCCCGCGCCACGGCAGCAGCUCCCACACGCCGGUGCGCGCGGCGCCGGGGGCGGCGGGCGCGGGGGCGGCGGGGUUGGCGGGGGCGGCCACCAUAGGGCCCGGCUCGGGCAAGCAGCCCUCCUCGGGCAGGGCCAGCUCCAUCACCAGCGGCGGCUCCGCCAACGACGACUUCAGCGACGACGAUGACGAUGACGACGACGACGACGACGAGAACAUCGACGAGAAGCUGCUGGGGCUGUACGGCACGGAGGACAAGUCGCUGAGCAAGUCGACGUCGAUGGGCCCGUCGCGCACGGGCUCCAUGUCGAGCCACGAGAGCAUCCUGCGGCUGGAGCGCGGCGCCUGGCCCGGCGGGCACGCGGCGCGCGCGGCGAUGGGCCGCGGCCAGCCGGCAGACGCCUGGUACACCGACGAGGAGCCGCCGCCCACCAAGCCCAAGAAGCAGAGCAGCCAGAUCGCCAAGGAGCUCUCCGACAUGGUCGUCUACGUGCAGGCAAUCAAGUUCCGCGGACUCAACACCAUCAGCCCCAACAGCUCGGUCAAGUGCAAGCGGUCGGCGAGCACGGCUCCGGCAGUGGGCGGCCCCGCACUCAAGAAGAGCAGCAUCGGCGGCAUCACGCCGCCCACGCUGCCCUCGAGCGCGGCCGCCGCCGCCGCCGCGCCGCCGACGCCGACGGCGCACGGCUCCGGCUCGCUGUCGGCGUCGCCCGGCGUCGGCUCGGGCGGCGGCGCCGCGGGCUCCGGGCCGGGCGCGGGGGCGGGCAGCGGCGGGCCCAGCCCGGCGGCCGGCGGGGGCGGGGGCGGCGGCGCGGGGCCGCAGCGCGGCACGCCCAACGUCAACCACCCCUGCUACCAGUGCUCGUCGCUGAACGAGAACACGGCCAAGAAGCUGUGCCGCAAGCAGCCGCACGCGCUCGUCGCCCACACCGAGACGCAGCUGAUGCGCACCUACCCGGCGGGCAUGCGCAUCGACUCGUCCAAUUUCAACCCGGUCAUCUUCUGGGCGUUCGGCAUCCAGAUGGUGGCGCUCAACUACCAGACGGAGGACGCGGCGCUGCACCUCAACGCCGCCAUGUUCGAGCAGAACGGCCGUUGCGGCUACGUGCUCAAGCCGACCGUCAUGUGGGACCGCACGCACAUGAUGUACCGCCGCUUCAACCCGUGGGACAAGGAGUUCGACGGGCUGCACUCGUCGCACCUUUUCGUGAACGUCGUAUCGGGCCAGUACGUGAACCAGACCAACCUGCAGGCGAGCACCUACGUCGAGGUGGAGGUGGUGGGCAUCCCGGUGGACUGCAACAAGCAGAAGACCAAGGUGGUGCAGCGCAACGCGCUCAACCCCAUCUGGAACGACACGUUCUUCUUCCAAGUGAUGUUCCGCGACCUGGCGUUCCUGCGCUUCAGCGUGCUGGACGCGAGCACGAGUCACGUGCUGGCGCAGCGCGUGCUGCCGCUCAAGUGCCUGCGGCCCGGCUACCGGCACGUGCGGCUGCGCUCGCCGCAGAACCAGCCGCUGCAGCUGGCCACGCUGUUCGUGUACUCGCGCGCCGAAGAGGAGAGCCUCGACUACGACGGCGUCUCCGUCGAGAACGGCGACGCGCUGCACGCGGGACGCGCGACCGCCGCCGCAGCCGGCGUCUCCGCGGGGGCCGCGUCCGCCGCGGGCGCCAGGGCGGCCAGGCACAGCCGCGAGCUGGCCGCCGACGCCGCCGCCGCCGUCAAGAAGGACCACGCCGCCGCCAUCGGCAGCGUGCCGCUCAAGCGCCGCAUGUUCUUCCUCAUGGUGUACGGCGUCAUGCCCGACGAGCCGUACACCAUCCUCAAGAUCACGCAGGAGUCGACGACGCAGGAGGUGGUGCUGCAGGCGCUGCAGAAGGCGGGGCUCAGCGCCGACCGCGUGCACGACUACAUCCUGGUGGAGGAGGUGGCGCGCAGCUGGGAGAAGAAGGACCGCGACAUCCCGGCCACGCAGCGCGUCCUAGACCUCGAGGAGCGGCCGCUGCAGGCGCAGGCGCAGUGGCAGGGCGAGGGCCGCUUCCUGCUGAAGCGCAUGGGCGACGACCCGUCGAGCCGCGCCUGGCUCUCCUCCAUCCGCAGUACGUCUUCGGGCCGGCGCUCCGCCACCGAGGACUCGGAGGGCGCCGCCGUCGCCUCCGCCGCCGCCAGCAGCCUGCAGCUGCGGCCCUGGGAGGAGACCGACACCUUCCUCGUCUGCGUCUACAACGUCUCCCCCGAGAUCCCCUACGCCAUCCUCAAGGUGCCCGUCAGCGCUUGCGCCCAGGACGUGCUCGCCCAGGCGCUCGUCAAGGCGCGACGAAUGGAGGAUCCGGCCCGCUUCGUGCUGGUGGAAGAGCUGGAGUGGAGCAGCGGCAGCGGCAGUUCCGUCACCCGCCAACAGAGGGUUCUGGCAGACGACGAAAACGUCUACAGCACGCAGGCACACUGGCAGACCAUCGGGCGGUUCAUCCUGCGCGAGCGGGAGCGCGCGACCCCGCCGGCGGGCCGGCGCCACCGCGUGGCGGCCAACCUGCGCACGGCGACGCUGGAGCGGCUCAGCAAGGGGCUGUCGGCGGCGGCGGCGGGCGCGGCCGGGCGCAGCGCGGGCCACGCGCACGCGCAGGCGGGCAAGGCGCCGGUGGCCGAGGCGCUCAGCGACCCCACCACGUCGCGCCACGUGCGCCACCACAAGUUCCCCGCCAGCUGCAGCGGCCGGCCGCGCCCGCCGCCGCCCGUCGCCACGCAGCACCGCGAGGUCCACUCCGAGGGCGAGACGCUCAGCGACGACGACGUCCGCGACCUGGACCUGCGCGCCGCCGUCUCCCGCCUCAAGAAGGUGUCGCUGCGCAAGCUGCGCGUCUGGAAGUCCUGAGUGGAGGUGGCGCUGUACGGCGCCAGACAGGACUCGUCGCCGCACACCGGCGCGUCCUGGAUGUGAGUCGCCGUGCAGCGGCCAGAGCUCCUCUCGCUUCACUCGCAGUCUCGAGGUGGCAGUCGGAGACCGAGCAGACUGUACACUGGAGGACGAUCACCCCGGGUGCCUUCCCAUCUCUGUCGACGGACGUUCCACCCCGGCUACAAAUACGAGACGUCCGAUCCGGGCGCGGCUGUGCGGUACCCGUCACCGCUCCCUUUCUAGAACCACUCGUCGUAUGUGGUGGUUCCCUGACAGUGACGUAACUUAUCGAGUGGCCUCUGUCUGACUUAGAAACUGCCUUCCUCUGUACUGUGCUGGAACAAGUUAGGGUUAAAAUCCCCAAAUAUCGUCGAAAUGAACCAUUUUACAUCAAAUGCGCUCUCUCUCAAACCCCCCCUUCUCUCCCUCCCUCCCUCCCCCUCCAUCUCUUUCACGUAUCGACCCAGACUGGAAAACAGGGAAACGGUUGCGAACCGACCAGUGUGCGAGAGGACAGUAGCGUGUCGUGUGUGCGUUUCUGUGUUUCCGUGUGGCUGGUGAGGUCUGUAGAGAAUGCCGUGUUUUCUGUGGUGUACAGAAGACUCAUUUUUGCUUCGAGGGAAGUGUCGCCGUGUGGAUAUGUUUUGUGCCUGUUGCCUUAAUGUCAGUGCUAGUGCCGGUUUCACUUCAGUUUUGUCAACAGUAUUGUAAAUGUGAGUUUGUAGUGGAUCUCUCAAUGUUUUUCAAUGUUGUCAGUGACACAGGUGUUGGCUGGUCGUUUUUGAACAGUGAUUUAUGUACAGUUACAGACUUCAAAUACACAAAACAGGUAAAUUCACCGAUGGUAACCGGCUUCUGCAAAAAUGGGAUAUUUUUGUAACGCUAAACCAAAGUUCGACAUCAAAUGUUUAACAUAUCUUCAAUAUUUUUGUUCUUAAAAUUAGGUACUAACGUACUAAUAAAAAUAUCAAAAAUCCCAUUUUGCUUGAAGUUUCGAGAACGGAACAUACCUGUAAUUAGCGUUGACUGAAUAGUUGUCCCGAUGUUUUGUUGUUGCCCAUAUCUAGUCAUAAGAAACUUUCUGUGAUACUUUUAUGUAUUGUAUUUAAAUCUGAUACCUCGUCUCAUGAUUUUAUACUGUGGUACCGACCUUCGUAAUCGUAAGGUUCAAAUAAUUAUUACUGCUUCAUUAUUUAUAAUUUCCUCAUUUUUGUUUGAACUGUACAUGACAUCGUGUGUAGCUUAGUACACAUUUUUAAUCGAAUGUGACCUUCGUUUUGUUACUAUGCUGGAUAAUAGUUCAAAUGAUUGUUUUUAUGACACAUACUUCAACAAUGUUCUGUUAUUCCGAUGAUUCACUUCCUGUAAUACUGAGAACAGGUUUUUUUGAGUGCUAUGCUGAGCUUGAUCUUCUCUGCCCAAGAAGGUACUGUUAUAUUUUUACCAGUUCACUAUACCGUGUGGUGAGAAAAUAAUGCUUCACAGUGCAUGAGUCAUUGAUAACAUCUAAAGACAUUAAGAAACAAAAAUCCUGUAACAUCAGCUAUAAAUCAAAAUGUGCAUAUUGUACACUGUACAAAUUUUAGUAUUAAAAAGAUAAAUGCUGCUGCAGAUGCAGUGUUAUAUUGUCUGUUGCCUAAAUUAUAUUAAGAUUGAUAAGUGUUUUCCUGUAAAUGGCAUAUAAAUUGAGGGUUCUUUGUUGACAGCUUUCAAAGUAAAUAUAUUCUUUUUAUUGACUGUAAAAACAUCUAUUCUGUUUGUAAAUAUAUUUAUAUACACAUAUUUAUAAAAUGUUGUUACCAGAUUUUUAAUUGAACCAAGAAAGCAGUGGUUAUGUAUCAGCACAGAUGCCUUCCUAUUGGUAUAAGCAGAGCAGGAGCUAAUUAUUUUUCUAAGUGUUGAAGUUCUAUGCAUAGAGUUAAUAUGAGGGUGACAUCUUGGAUGUGUGUGUCCUAUAAAAAGGAAUGGAAUGUAGUUGCAUAAUUUAUUUACAGAUAUGCAACAAACUGGAUCAGUAUUGUGAUUACAUUUUACUCUGAAAUUAUUCUUACAUAUAUUUUUUUUAAUAUGUACCUGUACCUUUUUGUUCUGUACCAAUAAAGCUGCUACUUAAGAAGAAAUAAACGAAAUUAAGUAUUGUAUUUAAUGCAAUGUUGCCAGUUUAGGAGUAUAACUGAAGUGUGUACUGAAACAAGAAAAAGCUUAAUAUUAAAUAUUCCAUCAAACAUAUUUCAUGAAUUCAGUACUCCUAUAUCAUGUCUAAAGUAUUACCAAUGAGACAAUCAGAUUUCAUAAUUUGCAAUUUCAUUAAAUCAUCAUUAAUUCUGCAUGUCAUUAUGGCUGUGAAGGAAAGUUGUUAUUAAUUAUGUAUGGGAAUGUAUUAUUUUUAUUUAUUUUUAUUUUUAAUCCUGAUAGAAAUUCUUCUUGUCUCAGUACAUUCUUCUAUAUGUGAUAUAAGCAAUUUCUACACAUAUUGCAAAUGUUAUCAUAGUUAGUGCUACAGGUACCACUUACUCUGUACACUGGAAAUUUACAUUCAGCCAUAAUUUGUUGAAGUCAGAUAGAACAAACUUUAGUUUGAAUUGAAAAAGAUCUAAAACAAAACUUUGCCAGAGUCAUGUUUAGAUACAUACAUCAUAAAAUGUUAAAAUGACAACAGUCACUAAGAAAAGUUAUAGAAUGAUAAGGAUUACAUUUCAUAGAAAAAUAUAUAGGUAGAGUGACUUUACUUACAGGGAGCUAGUCAUAUAUUUAGUUUAUAUUCUGUGAAUGAAUCUGGCCCUACAACUAAAUUAAAUAUAGGGUCUCAUAAGUAGAACAAAUAAUCUGGCAUGAGAACUACUUCAGAAUAAAAGAAACCUGACUAAUUUCUUUAAAAAUGUUAAACUAUAUAAUAAUGAUUCCUAGAUAUUCAGAUACAUCUUACCUUAGUAGAGCUAAGCCUUUUCUGUGUUAGCUUGCAAUAUUAGACAAAUGGAGCAUAUAUACUUGUUGAAUGAAAGCAUUACACUGAAUGUAAUUGUUGAAACUGAUGCACAAAUGUGAUGAAUUUAUUAAAUUUCUCGACCAGUAAAUAACAUUGCAGCACAAGAAGUGGUUAACUUUGCACAAUUUCUAAUCAGAGUUCCUUAUUACUUCUACAGUAGCUGACUGAGUUUAAAAAGUUGUAAUGGAGGCAGCUAAACCCUAGCUGUAUUUUAAAUAGUAUACUGUACCAUGCAUGUGUUCUUUUUAUCAGAUGUGAAAUAAUGUACAGUGUUUUAUAUAUUUCAGACCACCAAACUUUUCACCACUCUGUGAUUAUGUUUAUUUAUUUCAGACUAUGAAAGACAUUUUCAUUAAAAAAUCCAUUUUACAAACUUUGUGAGAAAUAUGUUUGUAUGCUUACAACUUCUGCUUGAGAGAAAGUUGUAAAUCAUAAAAAUCUAUUUGUCCACUGUAUACAUUCAUCACUAAUUAUGUAUCAUCAUUCAGAUUCUGAAUUGAUACUGACAAGCUUCUUACAGGUAUAAUCAUGACAAGGUAUGUAAGAAAGCUGCUAUGGUGAUAUAACAGUACUGUAACUGUUGCUUUUUAUAUCAAUUCCUUGGAGAUUAAUUUAUUUUAAUUUUGCUACCCACUGUUAUCUAUAAUACAACUGAAAUAUGUUAUGACUCUUCUAUUUUCAAACAACUCAAUGCAAAUCUAUUUGAGGAAAUUGUACAUGUUAUAUUUUAUGACAGCAGUUGUGACUUUUCGGAAUCAGAAUUAAAUGUCAGAACACUAAUUAUCCACUCUUUCCAUAUCAGAAAGUUGCUUGUAAAUAAUUUUCCACUUUUAUAUAUACAUAAAUAUAAAUAUAUGUAUAUCUUGUUCUUGUUUCCUUCGUGUCAGAGGAUUUUUCAUGCAGCUGUAACUAUAAUAUUAUAUUUGAUAUAUUGUUCUGAACAAACAUUUCCCUUGAUACAUUAAAAUAAAUGACAACUAACUGAAACAUUUCAUGUUUACUCUCUGUCCAUAGUGGCUUUGUCUUGUUACUUCUUAUGUGUUUGUUUGAGUUCAGGCUGUGGAUAAUCACAACAGACAUUGUGUACAGGCUACAGAAAUCAAUGUUGGCCUAAUGUUUUACUUUACACUUUAUUAAACAUUCACAGUAUAAUGCUGAGUUCUUUUGUGAAUAUCGGUAUAAGUGUAGUAUAUUUUCUGCUGUUACAAUGUCACAGAAGCAAAAGAAAAUUACAAAUAAAUUAACAUUAUGUUCUCAUAGCCACUGUGAAAAUAAAUGUGCUCAGAAAAAAAUUCUCCACUACAGUGCUUGGAAACCAUUAAAAGUUACAUUUAUUAUCACAGAACAUCCUUUUCAAUUUUUCACCAAGAGUCCAUUUUAAAAUGACCUUUAAACAUUUAUAUUUAAAAAUAAGACACCUAUAUAAAUUUAU